ACGACGGCUAUAUUUUGAUUGCGGUUCUAAACUUUCAGUAGAAUACACUAUGUUAUGUGCAUAAACAAGUGAAUACAGCAGCCCAACAAAAUUUGAAGGUCAGCUGAAUUGCGUUCAAAUCUGUGCAUUCUCUAAAUUACACUGUCGUCAUUUUACACUAUAGUAUCACCUCAAAAAUUUCAAUGAAUAAUGUGCGUUGAAUAUCAUUUAUCAAACGAGAUAAAGUGCAUCGCAUCAAAAAAAAAUUGCUUGAAAGAUGAAACUAAGAGCAUCAUUCGUUCAUUUUCCAAAGUUUAUUCUAAAAACCGGCAAAACUAUUCAUCUCUAAUUCAGAGUCGUUUUUGGGAGAGGAAUGAGUCACUUCGUUGGAGUGUAAUCAGUGAAAUGAUAGUGAAUUAAACAUUUCUGAUACAUACAUUAUUCUGUCAUGAGUAUUUUUUUUCAAUUUUACAUUAUCCUUCUGUCACGUGACCACACAUGCAAAUAUAAACACUACUACGAGCAAAAGUAUGAAACGAAAACCUGUCAUGCAAUAACCGAAUAAGAAAGAAACAGCGAAAAGUAACAGCCAGCCCACAUAAAGCCUUUAUAGCCAACAGUCGAUGUCAAUCGAAUCAAAACGAUUCUUUGUUUGUCAACGUUAGUGCUUAAAAGACUCAUUUUUAAUAAAUAAAUCCAGGAAAUGAAGUGUAUAGAAUACGGAUUAAUGCCAAGACUGUUUACCAUAGGAAUUCGUUUGAGAUGCUAGUUCAGUUCACAUAACCGGUUAUUCGAUUGAAUUCAGUGUUUCCAGUACAAUAUGACCGACAAUACAAAAAAUAUUCCCGACGAAAUUUAUCGCUGUUGUGAUCGAUGGCAUUUAGAUCAUUUCCCACCAAUCGCAAAUGAACGGAAUCAUACAGUAUUGUUUGAAUGUCCAUUGUCGAAUGAUCAAGCACAGCCACCUAAGCCACGUAUUGGACCAAAUAAAUGGGACUCAAAUCAUGUUCGUUUGCCAUGUGCCGCAGAAAAUGUGGUAAAGAUUGAGAGUUCGGAAAGAUGAUUAUAAACACAGACUGACUCGACCGAAUUUGAAAUAAAACAACGAUGGAAGGUUAUCCAGAAUGCUCUAUCGAAAGACAUUCGAUCGACACAAGAAUUAGAACAAGCGAUUUUUGAGUACAAUCCAGAAUAUGUGGAAAUAUGGAAUUUUGAACCGUUACACACACUCUUUGAACGGUAUUUGGACAAAUCCGAAUCCGAAUUAUUUUUCGAACAAACGUUACCAAAGAUCAUUCGAUUGGCCCUGCAACUACCAGAGCUUGUCCCAAAUGCGAUACCAUUACUGAAGCAUGGUCAAAAUAAGUCGAUAUCGCUGAGUUAACAGCAGAUUGCUUGUUUAUUGGCCAAUGCGUUCCUUUGCACAUUUCCCGACCGCAGUAAACCCUAUAAAUUGACCGAGUUUUCAUCGUAUCCAAGUGUCAAUUUUAGUAGUUUAUUUCAAACGUUCGGAAAUGCAAGUUUGCAGAAAAUUAGAUGCAUUUGUAACUAUUUUCGCCGCCAAUUAUUGCCAGUUGGUGUGGUUACAUUCUCACGGCGUUCAAUAUCUCUGGCAAAUAUUCCAAAGUGGAAAAAAUGUCAAAUGGACUUCACAAAGUCAUUGCUUCACGUUUCUAAAGAUGGAAACAUUGAGAAUGAUGGUGAUGCUUUAUUGCAAGUGGAUUUUGCCAACAAAUAUUCGACUGUUCACGGAAAGUCUUGAAGAUAAUGAAUGCUUGACCAUUAUGGGUUUUGAACGAUUCAAUGACUAUAAAGGCCAUGGAAUGUCCUUCGAAUGGACUGGUGAUCAUAAGGAUGUAACGCCAUUGGACUCAUUUCGACGACGAAAGUGUACACUUGUUGCAAUUGAUGCUUACCCUUUUGGAAACAGUAACAGGGCUGAUCAAUAUCGAGAAUAUAUGCUGAAGAGAGAACUUAUUAAGGCUUUUGUUGGUUUCGAACAUGAACUGUCUACACCAGCGCCGGGUGUUGCGACGGGUAACUGGGGAUGUGGUGCUUUCAAUGGUGACACACGUUUGAAAGCAAUUCUUCAGUUGAUGGCUUGCGUUGUUAACGAUCGUCCAUUAGUCUAUUUCACCUUCGGAAGCAAAAAACUUCGCGAUGAUCUGGUCACAUUCCACAAAUAUUUAUCAGAUAGCAAAAUCACGAUUGCCGAAUUAUGGGAUCUUUUGAAAGGGUAUACAGAGUCAAAAUCCAAAGAACCUCUUUAUGAAUUCAUCAAAAGUGGCUACGAAAAGUCUAUCCAGGAGAAAAGUACUUUAAGUAAAUUCGACCAAUUUUGUUCAACACUCAAACGGCAUUUAAAUGUACUUAUACCAAAGAGAACUGAUGACGAUAAUAAGUCAGAUGAUACAGAGGAUGGAAUCCAUGAUUUACCUUUGCAAGAGACAAGUCUUAAUGAUGAUUUCAAGGCAUCUGGCAGUAAAGAUCUAAAAACCCAACUGAGUGUAGCCGAUUUUUUCAAAUCUUUUACCAUGGAAUCGGAGAAUAUUGCUGAAGAUAUUGGUGCUUCGAAGUCCUCAUAGCAUUUUCAUUUCUUCGAUUCUUUUACAUUUUUGAAGCAUUUUUUUGGUCUCCAUUUUAAUUAUAACAGGAGAAAAGGAAUAAACAAGUCAUUUUAUACUAAACCAAAAA